AUGGCCGACCCACAGGUGGCAUACGCACAGGAUGAGUACGGCAACCCUUUCAUUGUCGUGCGCGAGCAAGGAAAAAAGACACGUGCCCAGGGCACGCAAGCCAUCAAGGACCACAUCCAGGCCGCACGAACCGUGUCGAAUAUACUACGGACAUCACUAGGACCCAGGGGUCUUGACAAGAUCCUAAUCAGUCCCGACGGCGACAUUCAAGUGACGAAUGACGGUGCCACCAUUAUGAGUAACAUGGAGCUAGAACACCAAAUUGCCAAGCUCCUCGUCCAGCUCUCCAAAAGCCAAGAUGACGAAAUUGGUGACGGCACAACGGGUGUGGUCGUCAUGGCCGGCGCCUUGCUGGAGCAGUCGGAGGCGCUAAUUGACCGAGGCAUCCACCCCAUUCGUAUUGCAGACGGGUUUGAACGCGCGUGUGAAAUUGCUGUCGCUGCGCUUGAGAGGGUCGCAGACAAAGUCGAGUUUGAUCGAGAACAUAUUGACGAGCUACUCAAGGUCGCAGAGACAAGCCUCGGCAGCAAGAUUGUGUCGAAGGCGUCCAGCAAGUUUGCGCGCAUUGCUACGGAAGCCGUGCUGUCGGUGGCAGACUUGGAGCGAAAGGACGUCGACUUUGAUCUCAUCAAGGUCGAUGGCAAAGUGGGCGGAAGCCUGGAGGACUCGACGCUCGUCAAAGGUGUCGUGAUCGACAAGGACUUCUCGCACCCACAAAUGCCACGAGAAAUUCGCGAUGCUCGCAUUGCGAUCCUCACAUGUCCCUUGGAACCACCGCGCCCCAAGACGAAGCACAAGCUGGACAUUGGCUCUGUUGAAGAAUACAAACGCUUGGAGGAAUAUGAACGGACCACGUUCCAGAACAUGAUCCAGAAAAUCAAAGACUGCGGCGCAAAUCUCGUCGUAUGUCAGUGGGGCUUUGAUGAUGAGGCAAACCACCUGCUUCUGCAACAAAACCUGCCGGCCGUGCGUUGGGUUGGCGGCCCGGAACUUGAGCUGAUUGCCAUUGCUACAAAUGGUCGUAUAGUUCCUCGCUUCGAAGACCUGAGUGCCGACAAACUAGGUCGUGCUGGCCUAGUACGAGAAAUGAGUUUCGGCACGACACAUGACCGUAUGCUUGUCAUCGAAGAGUGUGCGAAUACACGAGCCGUAACCGCAUUCUUGCGGGGAUCCAACAAAAUGAUCAUUGACGAGGCCAAGCGUGCGCUGCACGAUGCCAUGUGUGUAGUCCGCAGUCUCGUCAGGGACAACCGCGUCGUAUAUGGCGGUGGUGCAGCGGAGGUCUGUGCGUCCAUCGCCGUCGCACAGACGGCCGACAGCAUUGCAUCGAUCGAACAGUAUGCGACGCGUGCAUUUGCCGCAGCACUGGAUGCCAUUCCGUUGGCACUCGCAGAAAACAGUGGAUUGGCCCCUAUCGAGAACCUCGCUAUGGUCAAAAGCAAGCAAGUGACAGAGGGCGAUGCUCGCUACGGCAUUGACUGCAUGGGCGUUGGUAACAACAACAUGAAAGAGUGUCAUGUCUUUGAUCCCCUCGUUUCGAAACGCCAGCAGCUCCUACUCGCAGCACAGCUCGUGCGCGCCGUGCUAAAAAUCGACGAUGUCGUACGUAUCGCACAGAUGAGGAACACUGUAACUCACACGCCUCGCCCCUCUCCAGAUCGAACAGCAUGCGUUGGACGCCGAGAUGUAGAUCACGUGAGUAUGCACCAUCCCCUCCUGCGAGGCGUAGGUUCCCAAUGUAGUACUGGGUCAGGCGUAGCCAGUAAGAUUGCUGGUGGCAAUGUGCGCGUGUGUGUUUCCCAAUGGUAG